GACCAAAGAUGGAGCAUAUUCUAGAAUCUUAAAUUGUCAAUUAGCUCAACUCAACCUCAAUGUAACUGAAACGCCACUCUCCCAGUACCUACCAUUAGGUCCCUCCCCAUUUUUUUUUAAAUUACAAACAAACACCUCCCCAUAAAUCUGAAUCUGAAGAAGAACUAGUCACAUAUCCACCAACACUGAUCAAGUCAUGUUUCAUCAAAACCAUUUUCAUCCAGAACAUGAACAAACAUAAAUUCCAUGGAGUUCUGCAAAAUGGGUAUAGCUUCAAUUGUUUUCUUCAUCUUCUUAGACAUGGUUGUCAUUGCACAAACCAUACCCACCACUUUACAAGGCCCAUUUACGCCUGUGACUCACAGUAUGGAUCCAUCAUUGCGUCUCGGCAGUGAUGACUUGCCUAUGGAUAAUCCUAGGCUGAAGAGGAAUGUGACUGCAAUGUUUCCAGAGCAGAUUGCUCUUGCUUUAUCUUCGUCGUCUUCAAUGUGGGUUUCUUGGGUUACUGGGGAUUCUCAGAUUGGUCUUAAUGUGACUGCCCUUGAUCCAUCAACUGUUGCUAGUGAGGUGUGGUAUGGGAAAGAAACUGGGGAUUAUUCGAUGAAGAGGAAGGGGGUUUCUACGGUUUACAGUCAAUUGUAUCCAUAUGAGGGUCUUUGGAAUUACACCUCUGGCAUCAUUCAUCAUGUGAAAAUUGAUGGUCUUGAACCUGAGACAAAGUAUUAUUACAAGUGUGGUGAUAGUUCUCUUCCAGCUAUGAGCGAUGAGCAAGUCUUUGAAACCUUACCAUUGCCUGGACCCAAUCGCUAUCCUCGUCGAAUUGCAGUUAUUGGAGAUUUGGGUCUCACAAGCAAUUCAACAACGACCAUUGAUCAUCUCAUAGAAAAUGAUCCUUCAAUAGUGUUAAUGGUUGGUGACUUAACAUAUGCAAACCAAUACCAGACAACUGGUGGUAAAGGAGCUUCGUGCUUUUCAUGUGCAUUCCCAAAUGCGCCCAUUAGAGAGACAUAUCAACCCCGUUGGGAUGCGUGGGGAAGGUUCAUGGAACCCCUCACCUCAAGAGUUCCUAUGAUGGUUAUAGAAGGCAACCAUGAGAUUGAGACUCAAGCUGCUGGAAUUUCUUUCCAAUCAUAUCUGACAAGAUUUGCUGUUCCUUCAAAUGAGUCUGGCUCUAACAGUAAUUUCUACUACUCUUUUGAUGCUGGAGGAGCACAUUUCAUCAUGUUGGGAGCAUAUGUGGACUAUAACAGUACCGGCACUCAGUAUGCUUGGCUAAAGGAAGACCUAAGCAAAAUUGACCGCAGUGUAACCCCUUGGCUGGUCGCUGCAUGGCAUUCUCCUUGGUAUAACAGCUAUUCGUCACACUAUCAGGAAUUUGAAUGCAUGAGGCAGCAAAUGGAAGCACUUCUGUAUCAAUAUGGGGUUGAUAUUGUCCUCUCUGGUCAUGUGCAUGCUUAUGAGCGGAUGAAUAGAGUCUACAAUUAUAUGCUUGAUCCAUGCGGUCCUGUUUACAUAACAGUUGGUGAUGGUGGAAACAUAGAGAAAGUCGAUGUUGAUCAUGCAGAUGAUCCUGGGAAAUGUCCUUCAGCUGGAGAUAACAUGCCAGAAUUUGGAGGGGUAUGCCAUUUGAAUUUCUCGUCUGGCCCUGCAAAAGGGAACUUUUGCUGGGACAAACAACCUGAGUGGAGCGCAUAUAGGGAGAGCAGUUUUGGACAUGGAAUACUUGAGGUUGUGAACUCUACAUAUGCAUUAUGGACUUGGCACAGGAAUCAAGAUAUCUAUAAAGAAAACAGUAGCGGGGAUCAAAUAUACAUUGUGCGGCAGCCUCAAUCGUGCUCUGUACCCUCAAAGAAUAGUGAGAUCACUUCAUCACCACCAAUGGAUUCUGCUGCUCCAUCACCGCCAGCAAUGGAUGCUGUUGCUGGAUUCGGAGUUCAUCUGUCUGGUGCCUUCAUCACCUAUUUCUUGUUCCUCAUCUUUAUGCCGCUUCAUUGGUUGUGAUUCUUGUGAAUAGAGAUAUUACUCUGAUUUUCCUUUUUUAUCUGCAAUGGUCAUAUUGUGGUGUGGUGUGAAUGUGAAUGUUGUGUACAUUAGUUACUCAAGUUGAUUUUUUAAUAGUAUACAAACCAUUGCCGCA